UUGAUUGUAUACACCUGUGUCCAUGGAGGGGAUUGGAACACCUGAAUCACAUGAUAUGGAGGGGAUUGGAACACCUGAAUCACAUGAUAUGGAGGGGAUUGGAACACCUGAAUCACAUGAUUGGGAGGGGAUUGGAACACCUGAAUCACAUGAUUGGGAGGGGAUUGGAACAACUGAAUCACAUGAUAUGGAGGGGAUUGGAACACCUGAAUCACAUGAUAUGGAGGGGAUUGGAACACCUGAAUCACAUGAUAUGGAGGGGAUUGGAACACCUGAAUCACAUGAUUGGGAGGGGAUUGGAACACCUGAAUCACAUGAUUGGGAGUGGAUUGGAAAACCUGAAUCACAUGAUAUGGAGGGCGGGUCCAAUACUUCAGGCACUAUAGUGUAUAUAUAUGUG